AUGCCGACCAUGCUUUUAUCUCCAUUUGGCAGAGACGUUGGAAACGUGGUCGAAGCUCUGUAUGGGGACCUCCCUCCCCCUAUCAUGCUGAUCGGGCACAGCAUGGGGGGGGCCAUCGCCGUGCACACGGCGGUCGCCAAUUUGGUGCCGAGUUUGCUGGGUCUGUGCAUGAUCGAUGUCGUGGAAGGUACAGCCAUGGAUGCGUUGAACAGCAUGCAGAACUUCCUAAGGAGUCGUCCCAAAACAUUCAAGUCACUUGAGAAUGCCAUUGAGUGGAGCGUAAAAAGUGGACAGAUAAGAAAUCUUGAAUCUGCCAGAGUUUCUAUGGUCGGUCAAGUCAAACAGUGUGAAGGGGCUGCCAGUCCUGAAUGUCCGAAAGCCAUAGUGGAGGGUAUUAUUGAAGAAGAGGAGGAGGAGGAAGAGGAGGAAGAAGGGGGGGGCUCUGUCAACAAAAGGAAGAAAGAAGAUGACACAGAGACAAAGAAGGAGCACUUAUACACGUGGCGAAUUGAACUGGCGAAAACAGAAAAGUACUGGGAUGGCUGGUUCAGGGGUUUAUCUAACCUCUUCCUAAGCUGUCCAACUCCAAAGCUUUUGCUUUUAGCUGGUGUUGACAGGCUGGAUAAAGAUCUAACAAUUGGACAGAUGCAAGGUAAAUAUUUAAUAUUGUUACUCACUCCUUACU